CAUUUUGUUAUGAUUAGCGGUUUGCUGACGGCGUACACGACAAGCGUUUACGCCAUCAGAUGUAACGGAAGAGUAAAUUUAGUCAAAUAUGUGGCGAAACGGUUGAUACGAUUACUGCCGCCCAUUGUAUUACCAAUUUUGUUGAUGUCUUUAAUGCCUUUACUGCCAAACGGCGGACCCGUUUACAACUCGAGCACAACGCGAAUGCGGGAUAAUUGUGCCCAAAACUGGUGGAAAAACUUGCUAUUUAUUAGCAAUUUAUUGGAUCCAAACGAUACCUGCAACAUAUUUGGGAAUGAAAUUUGA